GUUCGGUUCCGGUUUUGGAAUGUGACGCGUCGGCUCCGGUGGAUAUCUUACGGAUACCAAAAGAAGUACAAACCAAAAAACAAGAUCUUGUUAUUGACACUGGAUUUGGGAAUGGAGGGAGGCGAAGAACAGCAGCAACACCACGGCGGUUUAUUCCACCACCACCACGGCAAGGAGGGCGAAGAGGAACACGACUAUGCCAAAGAGGAGAAGCACCACAGUCACCUCGAGCACCUCGGCGGGGCUACAGCCGUGGCGGCCGGUGCCUUUGCCCUGCACGAGAAGCACAAGGCGAAGAAGGAUCCGGAACACGCGCACAAACACAAAGUGGAAGAGGAGAUAGCGGCCGCAGCGGCUGGGGGCUUUAGCACUUCUGGAGGCUUCGCCUUCCACGAGAAACACGAGAAAAAAGAAGCCAAGGAGAAGGAUGAAGAGGCUCACGGCAAGCACCACCACCACCUCUUCUGAUGCUUCCUGUUGUUGUUUCUAAUUGGAAUUCGGUGUGGUUUCGUUUGUGUUGUUGUCUUUUUCACGAUGAUGUACGCGUGAGUGUUUCUUCUUGUCUUUUGUGGAUGAGCAUCUGUGCGUGGAUUGGUGAUCGUAUUGUACGUUUUGAUUUCUUCUAAAUGUGAUAUUUAAUGUGAAUUUUUUUUAUUGUGUAUUGUUUUAAU